AAAAAUGGUACUUGAAAAUCAAUCCAAAAAACCAGUAGCCAAAUCAAAUCGAACACAACGAUAUUAUCCCUUUCAACCAAUAAAUUCUAGCGUUUCAGAUAAUGAGGAAGGUAAUGAGGGUGGAUAUGAUGAAGAAAAAGAUAUAUGGCUUGAUUCAUCGGAAAAAAAAAAUGGAUAUUACCAGUAA